UCAGAACAUCAGCCGAUGGCGGGAAGAGCGCAGGCAUGCAGGACUCGCGCAACCGGACGCCGGAGCCCCGGGACGACCCCGCGGGGGGUGAGGUGAGCGUGGGCCGCGCGCUCACCGGCUGCGUGCUGUGCGCGCUCAUCGUGUCCACGCUGCUCGGCAACACGCUGGUGUGCGCCGCCGUGGUCAAGUUCCGCCACCUGCGCUCCAAAGUCACCAACUCCUUCGUCAUCUCGCUGGCCGUGUCCGACCUCUUCGUGGCCGUGCUCGUCAUGCCGUGGCGCGCCGUCUCGGAGGUGGCGGGCGUCUGGCUCUUCGGGCGCUUCUGCGACACGUGGGUGGCCUUCGACAUCAUGUGCUCCACGGCGUCCAUCCUCAACCUGUGCAUCAUCAGCAUGGACCGCUACUGGGCCAUCUCCAGCCCCUUCCGCUACGAGCGCAAGAUGACGCGCCGCUUCGCCUUCGUCAUGAUCGGCGUGGCGUGGACGCUGUCCAUCCUCAUCUCCUUCAUCCCGGUGCAGCUCAACUGGCACCGCGCGCGCGCCGAGCCGCCGCCGCCGCCCAACCUUGCCGCGGGCGCGGAGGAGGAGGACGCAUGCAACGCCAGCCUGAGCCGCAGCUACGCCGUCGCGUCGUCGCUGGUCAGCUUCUACAUCCCCGUCCUCAUCAUGGUGGGCACCUACACGCGCAUCUUCCGCAUCGCGCAGACGCAGAUCCGCCGCAUCUCCUCGCUGGAGCGCGCGGCGCCCUGCAAGACGCGGCCGCAGCGCGCGUCCACGCAGGACGAGAACUCGCUGAAAAGUUCCUUCAAGCGGGAGACCAAAGUGCUGAAGACGCUGUCCGUCAUCGUGGGCGUCUUCGUCUGCUGCUGGCUGCCCUUCUUCGUGCUCAACUGCGUGGUUCCCUUCUGCGAGGCGGACGCGCCCCAGGCGGCGCCGUGCGUCAGCGACACCACCUUCAGCAUCUUCGUGUGGUUCGGCUGGGCCAACUCCUCGCUCAACCCCGUCAUCUACGCCUUCAACGCCGACUUCCGCAAGGCCUUCGCCACCAUCCUGGGCUGCAACCGCUUCUGCUCCAGCGAGGCGGUGGAGGCGGUGGACUUCAGCAACGAGCUGGCGUCUUACCACCACGACAGCACCCUGCACAAGGAGGCCGGCGCCGACCCCCAGCAGGACUUCCACAAGGUCUCGCUGGUCUCCGACGACUCACGCCGCCGCGCCGAGCCGCUCCUGCCCGCCGCCGUCCUGCAGUGCGAGGCCGACAUUUCUUUGGACAUGAUGCCCUACGGGGACUCUUACCACAUCCCGGGUCAGGUCCACUGACCUCUGAGGGACGGGGACCUGGGUCUCCUGUCCCCGUGUCGGACCUCCUCGGUGCGGCUCGAGGUCCGUUUGCCCGCGACGUGUUUAAAACUCGAUGACGAUAACGAAUGUAAACAAAAGUGGGGAAAAAAGAGCAAACGGGUGAAAUGUUGCAGACGUUUUUUCAACUGGCGUAGCUUCAAAAAUAAUAAACAACUACAACUAUAAGAUCUGGAAUUUAUUUACUCAUUUCAGCACGAAAAGUCAAGAGUUAAAAAACGAAAAAAAGUAUGACUAUUUUUAACACUUUUAUAAGUGGGACCCUUUUGGGUCCCCAAGACCUUCAGUGUCAUUUUUCUUGUUUGUUUGUUUUUUUCAAC